UAAACUGUUAGCUUAGCUUGCUGCUACAUCCAUUUCCAAUGGCGUCCAUCAACUGCUACUACUCCUUGGUGUUGGUGGUGGUUGCACUGGCCUUGGUGCCGUUGGCCGCCGUGGCCGGCGACCCGGACAUCCUCAGCGAUUUCGUAGUGCCGACUUCCAUGAUCGGCAUGCCACCGAUGAACAUCACCGGCGACUUCUUCACCUACACCGGCUUCAGCAACAUGACCAUGCCGAUGCCGAUGCCGGGGACGCAGAACUUCACGGUGACCAAGGCCACCAUGGUGGAAUUCCCUGCACUCAACGGGCAAAGCGUAGCCUACGCCAUGCUCAAGUUCCCCUCCGAAUCCGUGAACCCGCCACACACCCACCCCCGUGCCGCCGAGCUGCUGCUCGUCCUUGACGGCGCGCUCUCCGUCGGCUUCGUCGACACGGCCGGCAAGCUCUACACGCAGGACCUGGCCGCCGGCGACAUGUUUGUGUUCCCCAAGGGCCUGGUGCACUACCAGUCCAACCCGGGGCAAAGCCCCGCCGUGGCGCUCUCCGCGUUCGGCAGCUCCGCGCCUGGCACCGUGUCCGUGCCUGUCACCGUGUUCGGCACCGGCGUCGAUGAUGCCGUGCUCGCCAAGUCAUUCAAGACCGACCUGCCCACCGUGCAGAAGCUCAAGGCGGCGCUCACUCCACCGCCCAAGAAGUGAUUCAUGUGUUCUUCUUCACGCCGCUCUGAGUUAAUAAGGCCCUGAGCUAGUGAGCGGGAUGGAACAAUCCCGGUGCCGCCAAGUAGACAAUAAUAUGUGAAAUUAAUAAUCUGUGCUUGUUGUGAGUUGUGAUUGUGCUGAUGUGAAAUUUUUAUCUGAUUGAGAUGUUGGUUUGUCACCAA